AUGUCCGCAAGCCGCAACCCAGAUGGUCCAGGUGCUGGCACCGAAUUCUCAUCAAAGCGUGAAGGUGACAAGCCAUUGAUGACAGGAGGUCACCAGCCUGGAAAACUCGUGAAAGUGCUGAGCAGGUUGCUUCGGAGAGGAGGUAGAUUUGCGGCGAGUGGAUUAGUUGCAGAGAUCUCGGCAGCUUGUACAGUGUCGGGUUAUCGAGUCGAAUUUUAA